ACCGCGCAGUCCAUGUCAACGCCGUUAACUUACGCCGGUGAAUGUGCGCAGAGAAAGGGAAAAAAUGACGUAGCUAGCUGAGUCUGCGCGACGCGGGGGAUCUCUCUGACUCUACGAAGUUUUCGGACAUGAAACCGAGGGCGUAUUCGUCCAUUUGGCGAUAAUUACGGCAACGCCGAAAGGUUUAUGUAGGGGUCUUUGUAUUUGGGGAGGAAGAGAUUUGUGUGACGGAAGAUGUCUGGCUAUCCCUAUUCAUAUGGUGGGUCAGCAGGGGGCUCAGUGCGCUUUAAGAAAAGGAAGUCACGCUUCACCUUCCCUGAAGUCCAGCUGCUGCUGACUGAGGUCAAGAAUAAUCGCCACAUACUGGUUGGUAAAUUCAACCAGGGUGUCUCAGGUGAUGUGAAGAAGCGAACGUGGGCCACCUUGACAGCUCGCAUCAACGAGAUCAGCGAGUGUCACAGAGAGAUUAUUGAAAUUAUUAAGAAGUGGUCAGACCUCAAAUGUGACACCAAGCGCAAAGUCGCAGCCAUGAGGGCUUCUGGGUUUUCAGCUGCCCGCAUUGCCCAGGACCUUUCGCCUAUUGAGUCCAUGGUGCAUCAGAUCCUGCAGAUGCCCCCACCUGCAGAUAAAUUCGCACUCAUGGCAGACCACCUCCCAGAUGAAGAUGAGGACAGUCAAAGCACCCUCAGGAUGUCACAGGACUCCCCUAGCAUGGCAAAUGGCAGGCUGCCAGUCCAGCCACUGGGCAUGCCUGUUCUACCUCCACCCCCAUUGCCCCUGGAUGUGAUGUACAGUAAUGACUCUGCAGUGCCCCUUACUGACUUCCCAUUUGACCCAUCAGGUAGAGAAGACCAAAGCCAAUUCAUUGAAGCUGGACGCCAAUCUGAUGGAAGUGCCACUUUUCAUGACCCAUCUAGUGCUGACAGGCAAUGCAUCAGAACUGAAACCCAGCAGCAGGCCUCCAGCAACAGUGCAACUCAUGCAGGAACCUCUUCCCACAUAGCACCUCCUCGCCCGCCACCCAGGCCAGCCUCAGUGGGCCCGGGCAACCUGCAAGAGCACCUGGCCAAGAGUGCCUCUCUCAGCCUGCAGGAGCAACAGGCCACCACUGUGCUGAUUGGGACGCUGUCCCGAUCCCUUGAGUCACUGUCCGAGUCAGUGCAACGGCUAGUGCAGACGCAGCAGCAGUUUGCCCAGGACACUCUGCGUCUGCAGCGAGACACACUACAUGUGCUGCGUGACUUUUCCACCACCACCCUGGCACUGCUGCAGGACAAAGACAAGGCCAAUGGCCGGCCUUAAGACCUUCCCUUUGCCUCACUAGAUGUGGUCUACCAGUACCCACCCUAGCAGUGAGCUGUGUGCCUCAUGAGCUGUAGAAAUAGGGGGGUCACCAAUGAACUAAAGCCCACAGUGCACCGAUCCAACAUUCCUUAAAGAGCAGGACUGGGUUGCACCAGGUGUGCGCAGGUUUAUACGUAAGUUGGGGCAUAAAGUCUUCGCUAAAUCCUUUGUUUACACUAGUUAGUUUCCAACUUCCUUUUGCUAAAUUUGGUUGCACCACAAAUCCACAAGUCAUGUUUUAACUAGUAACAAAUAACUAAUGUGUAUGCCACUUUAAUGUAAUGAUAACGCGUUCAGAACAUGCUAUCAUCAUGUUCAUUAUGAUGAUAACAUGAUGACUUCUGGAUAACCAACACAACAGCAGCCUCAAUUUAGCUGGAGCUGGGGAGCUGGAGCUGUGGGUGUGCAGCUUCAUGCUCAGUGUCAAAACCAGGCCGGUGAUUAGAGCUGUAAGUAAAAUCAAAACAUAUAGAGUUUAGAAUUUUUAGUUUAGUUAACCAAAAAGGUUUUUGGUCUUUUUUGUGCUUUCUAGAUGGUUUCUGAUGGUUUCCUCAAAAAUUACAUCUGCUCAGAGAGAGGUGUAAAUAUUUAGUAACUACUAAGCUCAACAUUAAAACUAGUUUGUGUGGUGCUAUGCAUCCUCAUUUAGUAAGGCAUAAACCUAAACUUAGUAAACACUUACAACUAGCCUAUGUUUCAACUUAUGCACAGCUGGUGCAACCGGCCACAGGGCACUUCCAUUCCCAAAUACAACAACAAGCCCAAAUGCAGGUGCACUAUAGCUGUUUGUGAUUGUUGGGAGAAUCUAGAAUGUUCUUAUCUUUUCAGACUGUUCUAAAAAGUUCUCCCACUGAUCCAUUUGAUAAGUCCCUUUCUUAAACACUCUAAAACAAAAAAAACCAGUCUGAAUGGAGGAGAACAUUCUAGAAUAGUGCGAAUGUGGGAGAACCUUCUAGACCAUUCACACAGUGAUACGGCACACCAAACGUUUAGAUCUGUUAGUGUUUGUUGGGCAGUGUUGAGUCAUUGUCCUCUGGGCUCGAGUUCUGCGCCUCAGGAGGAUGUUCUGCUGUAGUGUCAUGAAACUUCCCUUGUAGGAAUUUAUUCCUACAUGCACUAAACCCUGCGUACUCUGUUCAGGAGCCUUUUAAAACGAAAUCUCUCAUAUCUCCAAAUACCAGAAACGGAAACGUGAGAGGAUACAUCAAGAAUAUUAUAUGGAAAAGUAGCAUUAGUAGAAGAAGCUGUCAUUCAUAUUAAUAAUUGUUUAUUACAGGUGGCUCUGUGGUUCUUGUCAUUGACUGUUUGGACAAGUGAAUUAACACGGUUACCUUAAAUCGACAGAGCUUUAUUUAAUGAUGCAAUUGUAAUGUAAUUAAGCUAAUUUAAGAGUACUACAAUGGUUGUAAAUUAUAAGAGUGAUAUCUUUAUCUCAAGUGCUCAGCUUGCAGUACUAUGGAAUAGUCACCAUGUGGACCAUACUGUAUAGACUGGAUUUUAUUUCUUUUUUUCUUUAUGUGCCAGUUCUCUGGUUUGUCAGAGUAUAACACUUUCUUCCUGACCCAAAGGUUACGAUUCAGAUUUUAAAGAAAUGUUUGGACUGUAAUAUAUGUGGAGCACUGGGUUUUUACUAAGUGUGUGGCUCCUUUAACACUUACCUUGGUUUUUGUAAUUACCUUUUAACUAGUCGUUACAGUAACGAAUGUUACUGGCUGGUUGAUGUGUUUCAUGUUGCCUUUCCUGUUAGAUUAUCGUAUAAUUCUUGAAAAUGUCCAAGAAGGAUAUCUUUGAUGCAACUUUAAAAACACUGUUAAAGAUGUUCCUGCUGUGAUGGCUGCUGUAAAGAUUGGAACAGAUGAAAAUAAACAUCUUGUUACAAAUGA